GUGCUUGUUUACGGGAUGGACGGGUCCCCGCGAGCUGAACUGCUCUCCUCUUUCAGGAAGUUUCUGGAUAAAUUUUGUAGUGAAAUAGACACUUCUGUAACUGAUGAAGAUGACCCGCCAAUAAGACUGAUUUGGGAUUUUGUGUUGACAUCGGAAAUCGAAGGAGAAUGCUUGUAUUGGGCGCAGCAGUACCUUGCACUGUUCGAGUGUCCCAGUGUUCUGUCAUCCCAUAUUGCGAGAGCCACGUACCUUCGCAUAACGAAACUCGAUGUACGACCCUUCUACAUAGAAAUAGAUGAUGACGAUGACGACGAUGAUGAUGACGACGAAGAUGAUGAAGACGAGGAGGAAGUCAACAUCACUGAAAAUAAUGGCAGCGGAACAUCGCAAAACUCCGAGACGCUUAUACCUCAUAUAGAUUCUCGUCGUCUGUUGAAGGAAGUGAUCAGGAUUGUCCAUGAUAUUUGUAGAGUGUGGCAGCAGUCUUUCCCUGCACUACUUUUACCUCAGCGCUCACAUCAAGUGUGUUCCUACGCCAUCAAAAAUACUCGCCGCAAAAUGGAAGACAAACACGUGAUCAUGCCAGAUCUCAAUGCACUCUUUAACCUCAAGGAUAUCCCUAGUCAGUCGUACUACGCUGUGUUUGACGGCCAUGGAGGUGUGGAAGCAGCUACGUACACAGCCAGCCAUCUUCACUGCAACUUCGUCCGCGAUAAGGAAUUCAACAACGACGUCACCACAGCCAUCAAAAACUCCUACAAAUUAACGGAUGAUUGCUUCUUGGAAAGAGCUAAAAGAGAUAAGCUGCGCAGUGGCACGACGUGCGUGACGGCCCUGGUACAAGACUCACGCAUCCACAUAUCAUGGCUGGGCGACUCACAAGCAGUGUUGGUGCGCAAUGGCGGCGCCGUCACCCUCAUGAACCCUCACAAGCCCGAGAGGCCGGAUGAGAAAGAGAGAAUUGAAAAACUUGGAGGCGUUGUGUUGCAUUAUGGGACGUGGCGGGUAAAUGGCAACAUUGCGGUGUCCAGGGCAAUAGGUGACGUUAGUCAGAAACCAUACAUCAGUAGCGAUGCCGAAGUCUACAGUUUUGACCUCGACGGAAAAGAAGACUACCUGGUGUUAGCAUGUGAUGGAGCGUGGGACGUUCUGACGUUUGAGGACUUACCAGAGAUAGUGUACAAUCAUAUUCAGGAAAACCAUGGCGAUCGCAGCACAGUUGCACACAGACUUGUAAACUACGCCAGAGAUAAUGGGUCCAAUGACAAUAUUUCCGUUAUCGUUGUAUUUCUUCGAGAUCAGAUCUCCGCUCCCAAAACAACCAACGCAAGUAUUGAUCGUGUGAGAGCAAAUGGUUCCGAAGGGAAGAAGAGGCAUGGAAGUGGAUCCGAUAAAUCCUCUCGCCACAGCAAUGGAAAAGGAAACUUAGAACCCAGUUUGCGAAAUUUGAACAAACAAAGCAAGGAACGUAUGUCCAAAGAUAACGAAAGUCGUUUAACUCAGGAAUUUCAUAAUCAUGAUGGUCAUGUGAAAUCACAUUUGAAACAAAACAUUUCCACAUCAGACAAGGGGAAGCAAGGAAGCAAGUCUAGUCAGGACUGGUUUUGGAAAUCCGUGCAUUCAUUCUUGACUUUCACAAAGUUGUCAAAUUGGGCGGCGUCUUCAAAAUCAGAAAACAAGAAAAGCGUGGCACACGAUGGUAGCACUGAAAAAGAAACAGCUUUAAGAAGUUGUUGAAGUGUCUGUUCUAAUCCCAUAUUUAUUUAUCCAGAGUUCUAGGACAAGUACAUAAUUCUGCUUAUUGAUAUUUCAAAGCAAAACAAGCCUCAAUAUGAAAUGGGUUGGGGAACUGUGUUUCUAUUGACCAAUGAAGUCCUAGACUUUUCUGGGACCCUAUCUACCUCAAGGGAACCAAGAGAAAAACAAGGCAGCAAAAUGAAAGUAUCCGCGAACAAAGGGAGAUGACUCCACAUUAAGGGGAGAUAACUAACAAUUCUCGAUCAAAGGGAAGCAACUCUAGAGAGCUAGCCUAGUUAAUCAAGAAGGCAUUUUACUUGAUGUUUUCAGAGAUGUUUGCUGAAGGGCAUUUUAGUACUAAGAUAGUUAGAAAGCUGUGUGUAAGCUACCCCAUAAGAAAGAAGUUAUUUCUUGGUUGUUUAAAUUAACUUUUAUUUAUCCAAUUGAUAAUGUUAAUUGAAUGAGUUCUCAUUCUUUUGUUAUCUUCAACCGAUAUUUUGCAUCAAAUCUUUUUAUUCUUUUCUGUUUGCAUAUUAUUUUUGUCAAAAAUAUCUUUUGACUUAUGCAGGGUAGCCACACGUACAACUGGCGUAGAUGUAGUUUGUAGAUGGUGUGUCGCCUCUGUUAGAGAAACGAUAGUUCUAGGGGCAAGUUGUGGUGUGAAAUAUUCAGUGGAAAACUUCACAGUUUUUGUGAUUAGGUAAGAUGUACUUGUGUUUUAUGUAACUCAUGAGUGAUUAUUUUCAAACGUUAGAGGAUUUUUAUUUUCUUUGAAAUUGAAAAUUUGGUUUUCGUACAGAAUAAUGUUUAUUUGUUAAUCAACAUAUCAUGAUUGGAAAUGUUUUUGUUGUCAUUUUGUGUAAUUUCAUGUUUUUGUUUUUGUUUGUAAGAAUAAUAUCCAAAUGAAAGUGUUAUAAGUAGAAAUGUUUCUUUGAUAAAAGAUGAAAAAUGAUGCUGAAAAGUAUUUCACCAAACAAUGUUUCGACAUUAAUAGAUGUGUAUCACUUGCUCUCAACUUCAGAAGGCCUGGGUAUGAUUCUGUUUUAUUCUGAACCACAAGAGUUGUGUCCCUUAGCCAUACCAGAAUCCUAUGACCAUGGGUUCAAAUUUCUCAUUUUGAAAUUUCUCAAACAAUAAUUUGUGAAAUAGAUUUUAUUCAUUUUGGUUUGGUCAUUAUCCUAAGGAAGCUGUUAAUUUAUAAAUACAAGGAACAAAUUACCCAUUAUAAAGAAUGUUUAUUUGAGUAAUGAGAAACAUAAUAGUACUGUUGUCUGAAUCCUGAAUGUAUUGUCAUGGUAACUGUACUGUUGUCAUAGUGAACUGCAUCUUUUCAGAUGAAGGUAUAGAUGGCUUGUAUGUGGACAUGUUUGACGAGAGAUUUUUGCAGUUUUGUCCACAUAUUUAAUGACAUGUUUAAUUGUUUUUCACAAAAAUCCUUAACCUUUUUCUGAUGUCUGUGAGUUUGUCAAGCAAGUCUGUCACUACAUGUUAUUCAUGAAAAUACAUAAUCAGAGGUGCAGGAAUUUUAAUUUGGAAAGUAUGACUAUUAGACAGGAUUAUGUCCCCUGUGUGUUGCCAGUGUCACAAUAACUGAUAUUUUGUGUAUGUGUUGAGCUCAGGGAAGUUGCUAGGAAGUCCGAGCUAUGUAGAGAGGAAUGAUAGGGAAGCUACAGAACAUGCGCCUACUAGUCCCUCUGUACCUCCAGAUAUCUCUUGUAACUCCUUCUGUAUACAAUGGUACUACCGUAUUCGACGUAAUAAGCUCCCAGGGCGCUCUCAAAAUUAGAAAUAGGGGGCUCUUAUUAGAAUAUUAUUUUGGUGAAUAAAAAACAGUUGAAAGAUAAAUUUCGUGGCCUGAA